CUUACUUCACCAUGGUUUUAAAUUAUUUGAUUACUUUAUUUACAACAUGCUUUUAUUUUCUCAUAAUAUUGUUCGGUUUAUUAGUUUUAAUAAAAAUAUAUUUGGUAUUAACCCUGCGUACGUGCACGUGCAAAUCGAAUUUGGACGGUAAAACUGUUGUCAUCACCGGUGGGAACACGGGCAUAGGCUUUGAGACGGCGAAAAUUCUCGCCGAGCGCGGGGCUCGGGUGGUCAUCGCGAGCCGCAACGUCUCCAAAUCCCAGGCAGCGGUGCAGGCGAUCAUUGCCGCCACGGGAAACAAGAAAGUAGAGUGCAAGUCACUGGAUCUCAGCAAAUUUUCCAGCAUAAAGCGGUUCGCCGACGACUUCAACGAGAAUUACGACCGCUUGGACAUUCUGAUCAACAACGCCGGCUUCUCGACCUUCGAGCAAGUCAAGACCGAAGACGGCAUCGAAAAGGUGAUGCAGGUGAACCACGUCGGUCACGUCUAUUUGACUAACCUGCUGCUGAACAAGAUCGUGAGCUCCAGACCGAGCAGGAUAAUAUUCGUGGCGUCCGGGGCGCACAUGUGGCACUGGUUCGAUCCGAACGACAUGGUGGGCAACAAGCCGGUGAACGUUUGGACCCGGUACAGUAAUACGAAGCUGUGUAACGUGUUAUCGGCGAAGGCGUUGGCGAAACGCGUUCCCAAGGGAGUGACGGUCAACUCGCUCCACCCCGGGGUGGCGAAAACGGAGAUUUACGAAGUGGUUCCGGGGCCUUUGAAGGCUGUAUCGCAUUUUCUGCUGGGGACGUUCUGCAAGACGCCGGAGCAGUGCGCCCAGACGUCGGUGCACGCGGCCAGCUCCCCAGACCUGGCCGAGGUGUCGGGGCAGUAUUUCUAUGAUUGCGAAAUCUCAAAACCCAUUAAUUGGUCGGUUAACGACGAAUUUGCGGAACGAGUCUGGGAUAAAACCAUCGCGUUAAUCGAAGACAGAACUCGGCAAUUAGAUGCUAAUGCUUUAAUUCAGUAACUAGUUAUUUUAGGUGUAUCAAUUGGUCAAUCGGAAGUUGCA